UGUCUUCAUCCGCACAGCUAGGGAAAUACGCAGUCGCAAGCAAAGCACGACAACAGAAAGUUGACUAUCGGAAAUAUCAGCUGAUCGAAACGCUUUAAAGCGCUCCUUUGUGAAUAAUUCGCGGACCCUGUGGUCUCAAACUGUGUUAAUGGUUGAGAAUUCGUGUAAAAUCCGCACAUAGCGCUGGUUGCGGUACACGAGCACGCGUGGACAACAUAUCAUGGCAUCGAGUAGUGAAAGUGACCGUGAUAGCGGUAAUGAAGAAAGUUCAUUGCAAACAAAUGGCCACCUCGCCCAAAGCGUACAAAAUGAAGAAGAGGAAGACGUUUCAUUUAGUGAUCUUGGUUUGAUUGAUGUCCUGUGUGAGGCAUGUGAGCAGUUGAAAUGGAAAAAACCCACAAAAAUUCAACGGGAGUCCAUACCAUUGGCGUUAAAAGGUCGGGAUGUAAUAGGACUGGCUGAAACUGGCUCCGGAAAAACAGCUGCUUUUGCGUUGCCUAUUCUUCAGUCUUUGUUGGCAAAUCCUCAGCGGUAUUUUGCUCUGGUUUUGACACCCACAAGAGAGUUGGCUUUUCAAAUAUCAGAACAAUUUGAAGCACUUGGAUCAUCUAUAGGUGUGAAGAGUGUUGUGAUUGUAGGAGGCAUGGAUAUGAUGUCCCAGUCUUUGAUGUUGGCCAAAAAGCCUCACAUUAUCAUUGCCACACCAGGUCGCCUUGUUGACCACUUAGAGAACACAAAAGGCUUCAAUCUGAAAGCCUUAAAGUUUUUGGUAAUGGAUGAGGCUGACCGAAUUCUAAAUAUGGAUUUCGAGCAAGAAGUGGACAAAAUUUUGAAAGUGAUUCCUCGUGAGCGACGAACCUUCCUCUUCUCAGCGACCAUGACAAAAAAAGUUCAGAAGCUUCAGCGGGCCUCCUUGCAGGACCCUGUAAAAGUGGAGGUGUCUGGCAAGUUUCAGACUGUUGACAAAUUGCAGCAAUAUUAUCUUUUCAUUCCCGUCAAAUUUAAGGAUGUGUAUCUAGUGCACUUACUAAAUGAAAUGGCUGGAAAUUCAUUCAUGGUGUUCUGCAGUACUUGUGCUGGUACACUUCGAAUGGCCCUCAUGCUCCGUGCUCUUGGUUUAAUGGCUGUCCCUCUGCAUGGGCAGAUGUCACAGAACAAACGUCUGGCGGCGCUUACAAAAUUCCGUGCGAAAACUCGAUCCAUACUAAUAUCUACUGAUGUAGCCAGUCGUGGUCUUGAUAUUCCACACGUAGAUAUUGUAAUCAACUUUGACAUUCCAACACAUAGCAAAGAUUAUAUUCAUAGAGUUGGCAGAACAGCUCGUGCUGGCAGAUCUGGAAAAGCUAUCACAUUUGUUACUCAGUAUGAUGUAGAAUUGUAUCAACGCAUAGAGCACCUUCUGGGAAAGCAGUUGCCUCUGUUCCCCACAGAGGAAUCUGAAGUAAUGAUGCUGCAAGAGAGAGUUGGUGAAGCUCAGCGCACAGCACGACAGGAGGUAAAAGACAUUGAAGAUCGGAAGGCAGGCAAGCGCAAACGCGGUGGAGUGGGAGGCCUGGAUGAUGAGGAUGAUACAGAAGGAGCCUCAGGUGUGCGCAAGCGAUUCAAAGGAAAGGGCGGCGGAGGCAAAGGGCGCAAAGGAAAGCACAAGGGCAAAGGCAAGGGCAAGGGCAAGCAUUGAGGAGCGCUAUUGCUUGUUCAUCCUUGAUUGGUUGACGUGGUGGAAGUGACGGUGAUGGUAACUGUAAUUUGGCCCCCUUAUGGGUCCAGGUAUCAGCCAGUGGCAUCCAACAAACGUACAGGAAUUGGCUCCAAGGAGUCAGGAGCCAUACUCAGGCCUGUCCAGCUGAGUUCACCAUCAUCUGUAGAGUCAUCAGGCCUGUUCAUAAAAGAUACAUUUUUACAAACUGUAACUUCAGAGAAACUAAAUGCUAGAGGUAAAAAAGUUAGAUUUUUAUAAAAACAAUUAUUGUUUUAACAGUAACAAUAAUAAUUUUAUAUGUAAUGUAAAUUAUAUUUCUGUUUCUUGAUAGAAUCUGUGUGUAUAUUCACUAAUAUUUCAUUUCUAAUAUGUGACAUACAAAAAGUGAAUAUGCAUUAAGAAUAUUGAAAUAUAUUCUAAGAAUUAUGAAUCUGAAAGUUUUUUUGAAUUUUAUCCUGGCCUGAGAGUGACUAGGUUUUAUCUGGCAUAAAUUGUUUGAACAUGUACAAAUUCUCUAUUCUAAUGUCUACUACCUAUUAAAACAGUUAUUAAAAUCAGAAUUUUAGUUCCACUCAUGUUAAUGAGAAACCUCUGAAAUUUGAAAAACUCUCCUGUGAAAUUUGUGCAGUCAGAUAGAUCCUGGUUACCCUGAGGCUACAAAAUGUCUCUUGAUGAAAUUGUCUCUUGCUUUACUUCAUGCAUUCCAAAUUCCUUUUCCCCUACUUAUUCACCCAAUCCUACAGUGCUUCCCUCACACAAUGCUCUCAAGCAGUGGCCCUUGUGUAAUAAAGAAAAUUAAAAUACCUAUUUUGUCAUUAGGCCAAUAAAAUGGUAAAAACAGAUGUGGUUCAAGUUCAUUAACUGCUGUGAUAGCCAAGAUUUAUAACCAACUGUGUUUGUUGUAUGUGUUAUCGGAUGUGUCCUGCAAUAAUAUUCAUAAUACCAUGUUCUCAUAAAAAAAAUUUGCAUAAACAAAAUUACAAAUUUUAAUUUCUGGAAUAAUAAGUCUACUCAUACACAAUCUUUAACUACCAUUUGUUUGUUUAAUUGUUCUUAACAGAGAGCAGGCUGUUAAAUCUCAAUCGGACAUCAGAUAUGUUUUUUCUUUCCUCUAUUCGUUUGCACUAAGUUACAAAUUAAGCAGUGCUGUUGAAUUAUUUUGUUAUACACAGUAUUAUGAAAAGCAAUUAAUGUCUCACAUUGAUCACACAAUGCAUUCAAAUAGGACUUUGUUUGAAGGACGUUAUCAUUCUCUCUGUAGUUUCCUAACAGCUGUCGUUAGAUAACUAGAAGUUGGCUUCCCAAAAAUGCAAUACUCAAAGUGUUCUUUUAAUUAGUACCUAAACAAUAGGAACAAUUAUUUCGUGAAAUAUAAUAUGAACAAUGUAUACUGACAUGGCCGGGCUCGGGGCCGUGGGCGAAGGCGCGGUGAUGGUGGUGAUGGUGGUGGUGGUGGUGGUGCGCGAAGGCGGGCGCGCCGCCGAGGAACGGGCUGGCGUCGAUGGCGGCGGAGGGCGCGAGCGCGGCCAGGGCCAGCGCGGGGCCGUGGGCGCGGGGGAUGUCGUAGUCGGGGUCCGAGUUCGUCCUGCGGUGGUGCCGCCGCCCGCGCUCGCACUCCCGCUCCCGCUCCCGCUCUCGCUCCCUCUCGCGCUCGUCCUCUUCGAGGGCGAGGGCGUGGGCGUGCGCGCGGGCGGGCGCCAGCGGCGCCGCCGUCAGCUCGGCCAGCUGCGCCAGCAGCGCGCCCAGCUCGUCGGAGCGCCGCGCGCCCGCCGCGCCGCCACCGCCGCCACCGCUCCCGCUGCUGCUGCUGCUGCCCACCGCCUCGAA